GUCCCCUCUCUCCGUCCCCCCUGUCCCCGCGCGGGAUGUCCCCGCUGCCGCCCACGCGGCUGCCGCCGGCGGAGCGCGGGGCCGUGCUGCUGUCGUGCGCGCUGUCCUGCGCGGGCUCCGCGCUGCUGCUCGGCUCCCAGGCGCGCUGGCCGGAGCUGCGGACGCGGCCGCGGCAGCUGCUGCUGCAGCUCUCCCUGGCCGACCUGCUCUCCGCCCUCUCCUACUUCUACGGGGUGCUGCGGGACUUCCAGCGCACCUCGUGGGACUGCGUCCUGCAGGGCGCCCUGUCCACCUUCGCCAACACCAGCUCCUUCUUCUGGACCAUGGCCAUCGCCCUCUACCUGUACCUGACCCUCGUCAGGGGCUCGCCCGCGGGCACGGGCUUGCUCUGGGGCUUCCACGCCGUGAGCUGGGGUGUCCCCCUGGCCAUCACGGUGGCCGCUGUGGCUCUGAAGAAGAUUGGCUACGACGCCUCCAACGUUUCUGUGGGCUGGUGCUGGGUCAACCUGGAUGCUGAGGAUCGGCUCCUGUGGAUGCUGCUGACGGGGAAGGUCUGGGAGAUCCUGGCCUAUGUCACCCUGCCAGUGCUCUACAUCCUCAUCAAGAAGCACAUUAACAGAGCACACGCCGCGCUCUCCGAGUAUCGCCCCAUCCUGCCCGGAGCCCCGGCCCUGCAGCCCCGCGCCAGCGUGGCGGACAAGAAGCUGAUCCUCAUCCCCGUCAUCUUCAUCUUCCUCCGCAUCUGGAGCACGGUGCGCUUCGUGCUGACGCUCUGCGGCUCCCCCGCCGUGCAGAACCCCGUCCUGGUUGUCCUGCACGGAAUUGGGAACACGUUCCAAGGAGGAGCCAACUGCGUCCUGUUCGUGCUGUGCACGCGGGCGGUGCGGGCCCGGCUGCGGGGCCUGCUGUGCUGCGGCCUGCGGGCCUGGCCCGGCCUGCGCGCCCCCGGCUCCGGCCAGCAGCCCCACGGGGACGGGGACGGGGACAGGGACCGGCCUGACCCCGGCCCGGCGAAGCCGCUGCUCCCCAGCACCUGAGCUGGCCCUGGAUGCUGCUGGUUGCUUCUCUCAAGGUGCAGGGAGCUGGCACAGCCCCACAGAGGGAGCUGCAGCCUGGGGAAAGCGGCGCUGGAGAGUUCUGAGCCCUGGACAGGUCCCUGCUCCUCAGCUGCGUGGGGAUCCCCUGGAACAGACUGCACCCCGGUUUAUCUCCCCUCCUUCCCUCGGAGCUGAACACUUGUCUGGGGUCUCGCUUGCUGUGCCUGGUGAGUUCUGGGCUGAACAAACCCCAGGGAGCUGCUGGAAGGACUGGCCUGGCCUGGCUCUCACUGGAGCUGUGGGAGCCCUCCCGGGGGCUCCAGCCUGGCUCUGUUCCUCACCUGAACAGGGACAAAAUAAUGUUUUUUCGUGGUGCUGAUGGCUGGUGCCUCUGGAUGUUUAUCCCUCCUCCGUGGUGUUUAGGGGCUGCCACCACUGGGGUUUGUGGUGGCAGAGGGGGGGUUCUGAGGGACUCGGAGCCCUGCAGGCUCCCUGGUGCUCAGGGAUGUGGGGAUGUGCCCCAGGCUCCAGCAGCAGGACAGUGCCUGCCCCAGAGCUCAGAGCUCCUGGCCUUUGUCUGUGCCUUGGGACUGCUGCAUCAGCCUGGGGAAGGGCUGGAGAGAAUGUUUUACCUCAUUCACAGCUCCUCAGUAGCUCGUUUUUAAAGUAUUUUCUCCAACUUGGACAAAAUAAAGCUCAGUUUCUUUACCAGGA